AUGUUACUGAAUCGUACCUUAAUCACCAUCAUUAUUUUCGUCCUGUUAGAUGUCAGACAAUCGUCGGCAUCGAACAAUUUUAUAUCAGGACUAAUGAAUAAGGUUGUUGAAAACGAAACGAUAUCUAAUAACGCUGGUAGUUGGUUAGAGAUAAGGAGUAACGUUUACUGUGGUGCGUUUUGUCUCCGUGAUCCGUCCUGCACCGGUUUUCAGUUCGGAGAUGUCGUGAACGGAAACGUAACAAAUACCAGUUGCAGUCUUCUGUAUGGAAAUGUGAGUCUCUUGACUAGAGAUCCGAUGCCUGGUAUUUCAAUUUAUAGUUUGGAAAGAGAACCAUUUAGUGAGAUCGAAUCAACGACUCAAGAGUCAGAAACGAUAACUCUUGAACCAAAAACGACAACUCUUCCACCUCAUGGUCCAUGUUCAGUCGACGCUGCCUUCACUCGACAGUUUGAUAUAGUUAUAAUCGCAGGUGUGUGGAUGUAUAUUUACAACAGUAGUGCGAUGCUAAGUGUUGGUCCAAUGCAGUCGAUUCCAGUUCAAACCUUCCUACCAGGGUGGUCUGGAAGUGUCGCUGCCGCCUACAUGGAUUCUACAACAACUUUUCUGUACAUGAUUACAGAGAAUAAAGUAAAAACUUACAGAAUGUCUGACAAAAUGCUCCAGUCUACAGAAACUACUGACCAGCAUUAUAGUUCCUUCCCAACCGUACCCCCUGUAAUCGAUGCAGCCAUUCAUUAUAACGGAAAAAAGAUUCUGAUUAGCUCUGAUGAGGUUUACACUACUACUGGCUCGGUGCCCCUGUCCAGUAAGGGCAGUGCUAACGUGUUUGAUUACUUAACAACUUCACCUUCUGGAAUCACUGGUGCUGCUUUGAGUUGGAUUGCUCGAACACCACUGUUCUUUGCUGGGAGUGCGAUACAUGUUUUUCAACCCAAUGUCAGUAACACACAGGGUUUCUGGGCUCCUUAUGGUUUUCUUAAAUGUACAAUUUGA